AUGCUGCAUCUCAUUUUCGACUUUGACGGCACCAUCACGCGCGCCGACACCAUCAACACGCUGGCCACGUCUGCCGUCGCCUUGCAGCGCUCCCGUACCGGCCGCGAACUUGGGCCUGAAUGGGACGCCGUCGCGCGCGAGUACUGGGCUGAGCUCGCCGCGUACAAGGACGCGUACGUGCCGGAGGAGCAGCGCAGGACCUGUGUCGGCCAGGAGGCGCGCUUCCUCAAGGGCCUCAAGGGCCUCGAGGAUGCGUCCCUUGACCGGGUGAGCCGAGCCGGCAUCUUCGCGGGACUCUCGGAGGCCGACCUGCGCCAGCUGGGCGCCGAUGCCGUCGCCGCGGGAGACGUCGUCGUGCGGGACGGCUUCGGCGAGCUGCUCGACCUGGCCCGCCAGAGGGGCUGGAAGACGGACAUCGUCUCCGUCAACUGGUCUUGCGCCUUCAUCAGCGGCGUCCUCGGCACCACCCGCCAGCAACACCAGGACCAGCCAACCCGCAUCAUCGCCAACGAAACGGAUCCCCUCGGCGGUCAGAUAUCCGGCCCCUCAUUCCUCGGCACUCGCCUAACCACCUCGGCCGAUAAGUUCCGCGCCAUGAGGCACCUCCUCGCCGGCCACGGCGACGACACCCAACACGUCGUCUACUUUGGGGACUCCACGACGGAUCUCGAGUGCCUCCUGCACGCGCGGCGGGGCGUCGUCCUCGCUUCAAGUGAAGAUCAGUCAUCUCUUUUGCAAACGUUGCGCCGCGUCGAUCACCCCGUGGCGCACGUUGGCACGCCGCCGCCGCCGCAUCAGGAGAGUCAAGCAAACAACUACACGUCCUGGGCGCGCGACUUCAACGAGGUCCUGGCCAGUCAUCUUUUCAGGGACACGGAUGAAUCGCGUUAA